UUUGUUUUCACACUCUCUCUCUCCCUCUCUCUCGUGGGCUACUUGAAGAGCCGACAGUAUUCAUCAGAGAAGGAGAGAGAUGGACAUGAACAUGGAGAAGGAGAGGAGAUCACGCUUCAAGAGAAUUUGUGUCUUCUGUGGAAGCAGUCCCGGAAAGAAAGCAAGCUACCAAGAUGCUGCUGUUGAGUUGGGGAAAGAACUGGUAGAGAGAAGGAUUGAUUUGGUCUAUGGAGGUGGGAGCGUGGGUCUGAUGGGCCUUGUUUCUCAAGCAGUCCAUGAUGGUGGGCGCCAUGUUCUAGGAAUCAUUCCAAGGACUCUCACGCCCAGAGAGAUAACUGGUGAAUCCAUUGGAGAAGUGAGAACUGUAUCUGGUAUGCAUCAAAGGAAAGCCGAGAUGGCCCGGCAAGCCGAUGCCUUCAUUGCCCUUCCAGGCGGCUAUGGCACACUGGAAGAACUGCUGGAGGUCAUCACUUGGGCUCAGCUUGGGAUUCACCAGAAACCAGUGGGGCUGCUGAAUGUGGACGGAUUUUACAACAUCUUGCUGUCUUUCCUUGACAAGGCCGUGGAUGAAGGCUUUAUCUCCCCAACCGCACGGCGAAUCAUCGUGUCGGCUCCAACCGCCAAGCACUUGGUCAGAGAGCUUGAGGAAUACGUGCCCCAGUGCGAUGAAACUGCCUCGAAAUUGGACUGGGAGGGGGCCGACAGGCUCGACUACGUGGCCGAAUCCGGCGUCCCCACGUAGCAAGCUGGAUGAAUUGCAAGUAUUUUUGGGCUUUUAAUUAAGCAUAUAUAUAUAUAUAUACACACGCUUUCGUAUGUUGUACAUGUAUAUAUAUAUAUAUAUAUAUACACGAAGAAGCAAUUAACAGUGUUAAACCCUCUCUUUUGUGGAGCUAAUGGAGGAUACGACUACGUGGCCGAAUCCGGUGUCUCCACGUAGCAA